CAGGACUGCCUCUGAAUCGCAGUCCAGAAAGAAGAAACAAUCGUGUUGAUUUAAGUUGAACAUUUGUCUCUAAGAUUAAGAACAAAGCCAUGCCAGUGCUUUCGGAAGACUCAGGAUUGCAUGAAACUUUGGCCCUUUUGACAUCUCAGCUAAGACCUGAUUCAAAUCAUAAAGAGGAGAUGGGAUUCCUUAGGGAUGUCUUCAGUGAAAAGAGUCUCGGCUACCUGAUGAAGAUUCAUGAAAAACUCCGUCAUUAUGAAAGACAGAGUCCAACUCCUGUUUUACAUAGUGCAGCAGGAUUAGUUGAAGAUGUAAUAGAAGAAUUGCAGACCGCACCAGUGAAUAAUGAAGAAAAAGAGCUACUUCAGCUGUUGUCAACACCACAUCUCAGGGCAAUGCUUGUAGUACAUGACACUGUAGCACAGAAGAACUUUGACCCAGUCCUUCCACCUCUUCCUGAUAACUUUGAUGAUGAUUUUGAUGAGGAAUCAGUGAAAAUUGUUCGGCUAGUGAAAAAUAAAGAACCCUUGGGAGCUACCAUCAGAAGAGAUGAGCAUACAGGAGCUGUGAUUGUAGCAAGGAUCAUGAGAGGUGGUGCAGCUGAUCGCAGUGGUCUUGUCCAUGUUGGAGAUGAACUAAGAGAAGUCAAUGGUAUUACUGUGCUUCACAAACGACCAGAAGAAAUAAGUCAGAUUUUGGCUCAGUCUCAGGGAUCAAUAACAUUAAAAAUAAUUCCAGCCAUCAAAGAAGAAGAUCGUCUAAAAGACAGUAAGGUGUUUAUGAGGGCGCUUUUCUGCUAUAAUCCCAAAGAAGACAGAGCCAUUCCCUGCCAGGAGGCUGGGCUGCCAUUUAAGAGACGACACGUCCUAGAGGUUGUAAGCCAAGAUGAUCCCACAUGGUGGCAAGCAAAGCGUGUUGGAGAUACCAACCUCAGAGCAGGCUUGAUCCCCUCAAAACAGUUCCAAGAAAGACGACUGACUUACAGAAGAACAAUAGGCACUCUGCAGAAUCCCAGAACUGUGAAGAAACCAUUAUAUGAUCAGUCUUCUGAUAAAGAAGACUGUGACUGUGAAGGAUAUUUCAAUGGACAGUACAUAGCUGGCUUACGCAGGAGCUUUAGAUUAAGUCGUAAAGAGGAGAACAAUCUGAAUGAAGGAAAGCAAGCAGAGCAGGCAGAUGCAGUAGAGUUCCUAACAUAUGAAGAAGUCACAAAAUACCAGCAGCAGCCUGGUGAACAGCAGAGGCUGGUGGUUUUGAUUGGUUGUUUGGGGGCCAAAUUAAGUGAGCUCAAGCAGAAGGUUGUGUCAGAGAACCCACAGGAUUAUGGUGUUGCAGUUCCACAUACAACCAGGUCAAAGAAAAGUCACGAGAAAGAGGGAGUAGAAUACAAUUUUGUCUCUAAGCAAUCAUUUGAGACAGAUGUGCAGCAAAACAAAUUUGUGGAACAUGGAGAAUACAAAGAAAAUCUGUAUGGUACAAGUCUUGAGGCAAUCCGGUCCGUGAUGGCCAAAAAGAAGGUUUGUUUGGUGGAUGUGGUACCUGAAGCAGUAAAGCACUUGAGGACUCCUGAGUUUAAGCCUUAUGUUAUCUUUGUGAAGCCUCUCAUUCCAGAAAAGAAAAAACAUGUCCUAAAAUCUCCCAUGUCAGAAGAAAUCUCAGCCUCCUUUGAUGAAGAACAGCAGGAAAUUAUUAAUUCAGCAGCAUUCAUUGAAGAGCAGUAUGGCCAUUUAAUUGACACUGUACUGGUGAAAGAAGAUCUCCAGAGUGCAUGUAAUCAGCUGAAAACUGUGUUAGAGAAACUAAACAAGGAUUCAUUCUGGGUGCCAGUCAACUGGGUUAGGUCAUAGCUUAUCAUCUGUUUAAGGGAAAGAUUAUAUAAAAAUGUCUUGUAAAGAUACGGAUUAGAAGAGGGAAAUAUGUCAAAUUCACUUCAAAACUGCCGGUCUAUCUAGAAGCUAAUACAUAAAGACUGUAUGAGAAAAACUAAACAAAGUUAGAAGCUGA